AUGCUGAACAACAUGGCCUGGCAAGACAAGUGUGCUGCCAAACAGGCCGAGGUAGCCAGCAAAAUCCCCAUUGAAUGGCGACUCACAUCUGAGAUUCUCCAGCGAGUCGAUAAAAAUGAGCUAAAAAUCCUCGACGUCCCCUCGAAGUUCGGCAUCCUAACCAAGGAAGAGCUCGCGAUUACUGAGCUUCCUGAUUCAACUUCACUUCGCGACAAGCUCGCCACCCAAGAGCUCAGCGCCAUCAAAGUGACCACUGCCUUCUGCAAGCGUGCUGCUAUUGCGCAGCAGUUGACUUCAUGCUUGACUGAGACUAUCUUCUCGGAGGCUCUCGUCAGAGCGGAAGAGCUGGACGUACAAAUCAAGACUACUGGAAGACCUGUCGGACCACUUCACGGUGUCCCAAUCAGUUUGAAGGAAACCUUCAAUAUUAAGGGUGUGCUGACUUCUCUCGGAUUUUCCUCUUUCUUGGAUUACGAGCCCGUCGCCCGGAACUCUGUCUUGGUUGAUAUCCUUCUAGAAGCAGGGGCGGUUUUGUACGUGAAGAUCAACGUACCCCAGACAAUGAUGACGGCAGACUCGCAUAACAACGUCUUUGGACGUGUAAAGAACCCACACCGAAACACCCUCACAGCGGGUGGCAGCAGCGGAGGCGAAGGAGCUCUGGUGGCCAUGCGUGGAUCCAUCCUAGGAAUUGGUACUGAUAUUGCUGGAUCGAUUCGCAUCCCAUCACUGUGUUGUGGUACCGUAGGGUUCAAGCCUAGUGCUGGUCGCGUGCCAUAUGCGGGACAAACGAGCGCAGCCAGACCAGGCAUGCCCGGGAUUGCUCCAGUCGCAGGACCAAUCUGCCACUCUAUUCGCGACGCCGAUAUGCUUCUCCGAGUGGUCUUCAACGCAAAUUCUGAUGAUAUGGACGAUACGGCUCUAGGAUUCCCCUGGAUGCAGCCCGUGAAAGCGCCCAAUCAGCUCACCAUCGGAGUCUUACCAGAGGAUCCGCAAACUCCAUUGCACCCCAACAUGCAGUGCACUCUCAGGAGUGCCAUCGAGAAGCUAGAAAACGCUGGUCAUCACAUUGUGGAUCUAUCUCAACAGAUCGAUUUCUUGGGUGCUGCUGCAGACUUAGCAUUCCGCUUCUUUCGCAUCGACCCGGAUCAAACACCGUUGCAGUAUAUCCGUAAUUCUGGCGAACCGGCGAUCCCAUCUCUUCAAGUUACCUUCGACCUCGAUGGCAAAGCAGAAGAGCCGACUUUGCGAGGAUUGUUUGACUUGAACGUCUCCCGGGCAGAAAUUGCGGCUAAAAUGCGCCGCGUGUUUGUCGACAACCAUCUAGAUGUGAUCAUCGGACCAGGAUACCAGAGCACGGCAGUUCCCCAUGAUACCUAUGGUGUUCCAGUAUACACCGUCAUUGCCAAUUUGGUCGAUUAUCCCGCAUGCGUCAUUCCCUAUGGCUCUUCUCAGGAGACCGCUGAUGCCGACUUCAUGCGCGACGUGGAACAUCAUCCUCCUUAUCUUCCCAAAGAAGUCGAAAACGCGCCCUGCCAUGUGCAGCUUAUCGGUCGUCGUCACAAGGAUGAGGUGCUGAUACAGCACGCACUGAUUGUGGAGGGGGCUUUGGCUAAGUGA